AUGGGACAAAUAGCAUCAAAAGAAGAGGAUUUCGAAAAACAGGAUAUCUAUGCAAGCUACCCAGGGCUUGAGCAACAAUUGGAUAUGGUUUUUGCCUGUCACGAUAUAGGAAAUGAGGGAAAACUGUCAUAUAAAACUAUAGAGAUGAUACUAAGGCACUUCUUAAUGCAAUGUGGUUUUAUGGAGUAUGUCUGUCGAUUCGUUGACGAAAAUGGACAGCUAGAUUUGAAACAUGUAGAAAACUAUAUGACCAGCAAGAAAUGGUUGAAGAAUUUGAAAUGUUGUGAGGAUAAUAUGCUUACGGUAGAUGAAAUGAAAUCUUUGGUUCUAAUGUUUUUAAAAAAAAUAUCCGAUACGUACAUAGAUGAUCAAGCCAAGUGGACGAAUAAAAUGAGGGAUUCUCAAGAAGAACAAGGAAAAGCAUUAGAAGAAGCAAUGUCCGAAUAUGAAAAAAAUAUUCUCUUUAAUCAUGCUCUAAAGGAACAACAACUUUUACAAAAUAAUAAAAAAUUAGAAGAAUGGAAUGAAACUAUAGAAAAUGCUUAUGAGGCACAACAAGAAGUGUUACGCCAGUUUGAAGAAAAAAAGAGGGAGAGAAAAAAAAAUAUAUCAUUAGAAAAAAACAAUGAAUUAAUAAUAGCUAAAGAUUAUAUAGAUAAAAUAAAAGAAGCUGCAACGGAUAAUCAAUAUGACAAUUCAAAAUGUUUUGUGUAUCCAGCUUCCUCAGCUCCCUGUGGUGCUUGCACAUCUGCAGGUGCUAUUGCACCAUACCGAAGAUUCAGAGAACCCAGGAGAAAGAAGCAAUAUUCCCUAUGCUUGUGA